CCGAGCGCGGCCUCCCCGGUGUGGAGCGGGGCGGUUGGGCUGAGGGCAGUUGGGCAGGGGAGGGGGGGGGCUGGUGCUGCCGCCGCUCCUCGCGUCGGGAGCUGGUGCUUGGUACCGUUUGCCGGUGCUCGUGGCUGCCUCGCCGCGCCCGUAGCGGCCGUGAGCGCCUUCCGUCCGCCUCUCCUCAGCCGACGCCCGGGCUGGUGCCCAGGCGGGUCCGGACGGGUGAGCGGAAGCCGUGUGCGUCCCUCAGCACUCGCUGCGACUGCCCCUGGCUCUGUUAAACACCGCCCAGCUCCCCGGGCCCGUGCUGAUGCAUAAUUCAGCUUGAGCUUCAUGUUCAUUUUCUGAGUGGAUUGAUCAAGUGGGUCGAUCUCCCUGAGUCUCCAGGCGGCACCCAAAAACUGCCCAGUACCGGGACAUACAGCUUAGAAAGCUCAGAAGAAGCGUGUUCUCUUCAGAGGAGCAGGACAGGAUUGGCACUGCUGCCUUGGCAGUUCAGGUGGUUGGCAGCAACUGGCCCAAGCCACAUUACACGUUGCUGGUUACGGGCCUCUGCCGAUUCCAGAUCCUGCAGUUGCUGAAAGAGAAGCCAUAUCCUGUGGCAGAAGUGGAGCAGUUAGAUCGACUUGAGCAGUUUACUAAUCAGCAUAAAUCUGAGGAGGAGCUCGGAGAGCUGUCAGAACAAUUCUACAAGUAUGCAGUGCAGUUGGUUGAGAUGCUGGAUAUGUCUGUUCCUGCAGUCGCAAAGCUGAGACGCCUUUUGGACAAUCUGCCAAGAGAAGCUUUGCCAGAUAUACUGACUUCUAUCAUCCGUACCUCCAACCAAGAGAAGCUUCAGAUUUUAGAUGCUGUUAGGCUGGAAGAACGGUUCAAGAUGACUAUACCAUUGCUCGUUAGGCAGAUUGAAGGCCUCAAGCUGCUUCAGAAAACAAGAAAGCCCAAACAGGAUGAUGAUAAAAGGGUUGUAGCUAUCCGUCCUAAUAGAAGAAGCAAUCACAUUCCAAGCACUACAGAAGAUGAGGAGGAGGAAGAAGAUCAUGAUGAUGUUGUUAUGCUGGAAAAAAAGAUUAGAACAUCCAGUAUGUCAGAACAAGCUCUUAAAGUUUGUCUUAAGGAAAUAAAGAGAUUAAAGAAGAUGCCUCAAUCAAUGCCAGAAUAUGCUUUGACAAGAAAUUACUUGGAACUGAUGGUAGAAUUGCCAUGGAGCAAGAGUACAAAAGAUCGCCUUGAAAUUCGUGCAGCUCGAAUUGUGUUGGAUAAUGAUCAUUAUGCUAUGGAGAAGUUGAAGAAGAGAGUUUUGGAGUACUUAGCUGUCCGACAGCUUAAAAACAACCUCAAGGGACCCAUUCUUUGUUUUGUGGGGCCCCCAGGAGUUGGUAAAACCAGUGUUGGAAGAUCAAUUGCAAAGACGUUGGGUCGAGAAUUCCACAGAAUUGCUUUAGGAGGAGUCUGUGAUCAGUCUGAUAUUCGAGGCCACAGGCGCACCUAUGUUGGAAGUAUGCCUGGCAGAAUAAUCAAUGGACUGAAGACCGUUGGGGUUAACAAUCCAGUAUUCCUGUUAGAUGAGGUUGAUAAACUGGCAAAGAGCUUGCAGGGGGAUCCUGCAGCAGCCUUGCUUGAGGUCUUGGAUCCAGAACAAAAUCACAGUUUCACCGAUCACUACUUAAAUGUAGCCUUUGAUCUGUCCCAAGUCCUUUUUAUAGCUACAGCCAACACUACAGCUACUAUCCCACCUGCUCUGCUGGACAGAAUGGAAGUUAUUCAAGUUCCAGGAUACACACAAGAAGAAAAAAUUGAAAUUGCACAUAGACACUUGAUUCCUAAACAGCUUGAACAACAUGGCCUGACUCCCCAGCAAAUACAGAUUCCACAAGUAACCACUUUGGACAUAAUUACCAGAUACACUAGAGAGGCAGGAGUCCGCUCUCUGGAUCGGAAGCUGGGAGCUAUUUGCAGAGCAGUGGCAGUGAAAGUGGCAGAAGGACAGCACAAAGAAACAAAGCCAGAUCGUGCUGAAGUGGGUGAAGAAGAUUGCAAAGAGCAUGUCACAGAAGAUGCAAAAUCAGAAUCCAUCAGUGACACGGCUGACCUGGCUCUGCCACCUGAAAUGCCAAUUUUAAUUGAUUUCCAUGCUUUAAAAGAUAUCCUGGGGCCACCCAUGUAUGAAAUGGAGGUGUCUGAACGCUUAAAUCAACCAGGAGUAGCCAUAGGCUUGGCUUGGACUCCCUUAGGAGGAGAGAUCAUGUUUGUAGAAGCCAGUCGCAUGGAUGGAGAAGGUCAGCUUACUCUGACUGGUCAGCUCGGAGAUGUGAUGAAAGAGUCAGCGCAUCUUGCCAUCAGCUGGCUGCGCAGCAACGCCAAGAGAUACCAGCUAACCAAUGCUUCUGGAAGUUUUGAUCUCCUUGACAACACUGACAUCCAUCUGCACUUCCCAGCUGGAGCUGUCACAAAAGAUGGACCAUCUGCUGGCGUUACCAUAGUAACCUGUCUUGCUUCACUCUUCAGCGGGCGGCUGGUGUGUUCAGAUGUAGCCAUGACAGGAGAAAUUACACUAAGAGGCCUUGUUCUUCCCGUGGGGGGAAUUAAAGACAAAGUCCUGGCAGCACACCGAGCUGGACUGAAGAGAAUUAUCAUUCCUCAGAGAAAUGAAAAGGAUCUUGAAGAAAUUGCAGUGAACGUACGGCAAGAUUUGACUUUUGUUAUGGCAAGCUGCCUGGAUGAAGUUCUUAAUGCAGCUUUUGAUGGAGGCUUUGCAGUUAAGCCUAGAGUUGAGCGCUUGAAUAGUAAACUUUAAGCAGCCAGGCCAAGAUUACAUCUGCAUCGAGUUUCAGAGAGAUCAAGAGUUAUCAAUGUAUCAAGUAGAACUAUGAGCUAAACUUGAUUGUUUAAAUGUGUAAAUGUGAAUCAAAAUAAAAAUACUACUACAGCAGUUAACAAUCCGAAACCACAUUUUACAGGCAUUUUACUAACAUCAGCAAAGAAUCAUGAAAAAAAUACUCUUUUUACUGAUACGAUUAAAGCAUGAGAAAGCUGAGGCUGCUGGGAAAGAAUCCUUAGCUCAUCUGGCAUAUCUGUAUAUAAAUCUUUAAAGAGGAUGCAUCCACAAAGAGGGAAUAAUACACAAUUCUGUGAGCUGUAGUUGGAGAACACAAAUUGCAGCAAAUGCAGCUCAGCAAGAGUCCAAUAUGAUUUAGCCCAAGAGUUUACUUAUUUAGGAAAUAGCAUUCAAUACGCUAAAAAGCAGCAGCAGCAGGGAAAAAAUAAGGGGGUUGAAAUCUAAAAAAUACGCUCAUGGGAUUUGAACAGAAGCAAUAUAGUCUGAGUUAAGUUACUAAGUCCUUUCAGCUCUCAGCUCUGGUUUCUAGCAAGGUCUAUGCAGACAUCAUUUUUCAAACCUAAAUGCAGGAACCUACUCCAAAGAACUGAAAUGUUCUAAUUCUCAUGACGGGAGGGAGAGGGCAUGCUCAGGUUCGGGUACGCACAGUUGUACUUACAGCACCAGGAGGAGGUGGAGCACACUUGACUAUGAGAAAAGCCUGGUCACAUUUUGAAGGGACAACGUGCAUGUCCUUCUUUCUUAGCUGACACAAAUCACCUUGAGCCUGGGGUGCCUAUGUUUGGAGUUAGCCUAUAAAGAGUAAAUCAUUUAAACAAUUGGAUCAUCACAUUGCAUUAGGUACUGCACACUGCAAGUGCUGCAAGAUGUAAGAAAAGUGAUGUAAGUGAUCUCAGCUGACAGCUUUGUCUCAGCUGCCCUUGAAUGUGAGUGUGGGUAGGAAUUUAAACUUUUUUAAUGUAAGAUCCUUGAGUUUUUCAAUGGUUCAUGCUACAGUCAACCACAAGGGAAGCCCUGUAUGUUACAGUCUCAUCCUGCUCAUUUAUUCUGAAACAAACUCAAGUGUGCUCAUGAAAUGCAAACUGUCACUGACAAAAGCUAUUACAGAAGCAGCCUAUAGAUCAAAAGUAAUAAUUUGUUUUGCUUUCAUUUCCGUAGAGAGAAUUUGUUUUGCUUUCAUUUCCGUAGAGAGAAAGCUGAUUUACCUGGAACAUAACAGCACCAUAGUAAUAAAUUCUGUGGGUAUUUCUGUACCUGAUUACAAAAGAUUUUACGACUGUCACCGAAAACUUAAUCUAAUAAAAUGAUAAAAAUAA